AUGUUAAACCUCAAAAGACAGGCGUCGCGGAUCGGCAGAAAGCUUCAGGAGUACAAGAAGGUCAUGAUGUUCCACGGCGAUAUCGACAUCCCAGGUGUGCGGCGGGUGUUGGCGCAAGCGCUGAAGGAUGGCAAGUCGCCCAUCGCGAUGUUGGGAACGCUCGAAGCCGCGUUCCAAGGGAGAUAUCGUGCACGCGCCCACACUCAAGACGACUUGGAUCUGGCAAUGCUCGUGUUGCGCGUUGGAGGUCCCUCUCAGCUUUUCUCCUUGUCCCAGGCGCUUUGUCUUCCAAGCGUCACUAGCGUCUACGUUGAGAUGAAGAAGCGCCAUAUGUCGUUUGCACCGUGUGCAUCGCUAAAGUAUGAAAUCCUGGAGCCGGCGGUGAUGGCCAACUUGCAAGCGGUGGUAGAAGUGUACGGCGGGAGGAGCCGUCUGUUCCAAUCCCAAGUGGACGAGAUCGCCCAGGAGAAACACGCAAGGCACUACCAGAACAACGAUACCAUUCUGGGAUUGUGUGCGCAAUGCACAGGGGAAUCCAAUGUGUACUUCAAGAACAUCAAUCACGUGGAACGCCUCGGAGGGAAGCUCAAGAAAGGAGAAAUCCACCUCGGUAGCGAAAAAGCAAGGGUUCAGGAGUCCGCCCAACCACUCUCUCCCCGUGGUGUCCUUCAGCAGCUGCAAGGCCAGCCAAACGUCCCGUUGGCGGUAAAGAUGAUGCAGCCGGUCGUGUCGGUUGCUGCUGCUGACAAGUCGACGUUCGCUGGCUUGGACGCGAGUCCGACCAUGCAGGCCGCGUUGGAAGACAUGCAGGUUCUCGCGUCCAUCACUGAGCCCCUGCUGGAUGUGCUCCUGACCCCCGAGAAGACGAUCUCCGAGCUCCUCCGAGAGUUGGCUCGAGUCGCCUUCCUCCUCCUGUUUGUGUACAGGAUGAACAAGACCCGGUUCAUACCGGACCAGCUCUAUCACGAUCUGCAGGCAACCAUCAGGGUUCUGUUUUACGUGGUGCUCAAAAGCGUCGGCAGCGCAACCAUCAGGGUUCUGUUUUACGUGGUGCUCAAAAGCGUCGGCAGCAGAGGCAUCGUGCUCACGGGCAAGCUGGAACCGUGCAUGGACUGCAUGAGGGCGAAGGGCAGCCGAGGGCGGUGCCGCGGGGGCCGGGAGCGCGGGCGUCUAAGCCCCUCGGGCGUGUUCACCUUGUUUGUGUAUGUACUCGGCAGGAUACAGAUCUCCGAGAUAUCCGAGGGGGUCCUUCUUGCCUGCUGCUCAUGCUUGUCACUCGUUAAUAGUUAAUCAAGGAACUUGAGUCACUCCUUUGUGCAACACGCUCUCGACAAGAGCCCGCGAGCGUGAUAACAUAGUACACGCGCCGACACCCCAAACACGAUAUCGUGUAGUCAGCUGACGUCGGUAGGGAAAGGUUCGGGAGGUAGGCACCGGAACACAAGGGCAGCAGCAGCGGGCGCAGCAGGGCGGUUAUUGCCCGCGCGUGCCAAGGAGAUCCAGGGGUAAGAGUUUGGAAUACAAGGGCAGCCGCGACAGGCGCGCCAAGGAGAUCC